CGUGUCGAGAAAGUAAUAGUAAUAUCGUUAUUGGAUAUUGAUGUAAAUGACAGAAAUUGGACAAUAGGAAUUUGGGGAAUGGCUGGUAUUGGAAAGACAACUCUUGCCGGCAUAGUGUUUUCCCAAAUCAAGGCUAAAUUUGAUGCCCACUGCUUUGUUUCAAAUGUCAAGGAAGAGAUGAGAAAGGAAAAGCCAAUUGUCUUACGAAAUAAAAUCGUUGGUUCACUAUUGGGGGACGAAAAUUUGAAAAUGGGCACGCCUCUUUUAGUUUUAGAUGACUGGAUUUUGAGGAGACUGCAACGUAAAAAAGUUCUUAUUGUUUUUGAUGACGUUGAUGAUUCAAACGAUUUAGAUCUUUUAGCUGGAAACAGUAGUUUGUACCGUAAGGGAAGUAGAAUCAUUAUUACUAGUACAGAUAGACAAGUACUUAAAAAUGUUUGUCAUGAAGAACAUAUUUAUCAGGUUGAGGGAUUAAUUGAUGAGGAAGCUCUUCAACUCUUUAGCUUGCACGCUUUCAAACAAAAUGAACCGAAAGAAGGAUACGUGGAGCUAUCCGAGCAGGUGAUAAGUUAUGCUCAAGGUAAUCCGUUAGCACUAAAAGUUUUAGGCUCUAGCCUUUAUGGCAUGGAGAAAGAGUACUGGGAGAGCCAGUUGCUCAAAUUGAAAAGCAUCCCGAGCAAGAGCAUUCAAGAUAUUUCUGUUAUGAUCGGUUAGAUAGAAAUGAGCAGAGCAUAUUUCUGGAUAUUGCAUGUUUCCUUGAAAAAACAAUAGAAAAGGACCUUGAAAAAAUAAUAGAAAGUUUUGGUUUCUUUGCGAAAUGUGGAAUAAGGAGUCUCAAUGAUAAAUCUCUCAUCGCCAUUCGAAAAUGUGAUCGUAGAGUAGAAAUGCAUAACUUACUACAACAAAUGGGAAAGGAGAUUGUGAAUAAGGAAUGCAAACAGCCUGGAGGACGUAGUAGGUUGUGGAAUCCUAAGGACAUUUCUCAUGUAUUCAAAACAAAUACAGGAACUGAUAAGAUUGAGUGUAUUUCGUUUUGGAUGUUGAGGGAUGGAGCUAUUGAGAUAAAUUCCAAAAGUUUCAUGAAGAUGCCUAAUCUUAGAUACCUCGGUAUCUUUGAUUCCAAAGGGAUUUUGGCUGAUGGACUUGAUUUUCUUCCAGAAGAGCUAAGAUAUUUACUUUGGAAAGGUUACCCUUUGAAAUCGUUGCCGUUGAAGUUUUGCCCAAAUAACCUUGUACAACUUUGCUUGCCUAGCAGCCAACUCAAACAACUGUGGGAUGGAGAUAAUAAGCCUUUUAAAAGUUUGAAAGUUAUGGACCUCUACAACUCUCUGUCUUUAUUGAGAAUUUCGGACCCAUUUCAAGCUCCAAACCUUGAGGAAUUAUGUUUGUCAAAUUGUACAAGUUUAAUUGAGAUUCCUUCAUCUCUUAAAUAUUCAACCAAGCUUGCUCAGCUACACUUAGACUAAUGUAAAAGUAUUCGCAGUUUGCCAAGCUUCCUUCAGUUAGAUAAUCUUGAGAUUCUUAAUCUUCGAGGUUGCAGUAAACUUGAAGAAUGUCCAGAGCUUCCUUGCAAUUUAUUGGAUUUAAAUUUAAGUGAAACUGCAAUAAAACAAUUGCCUUCAUCAAUUGGACAUUGCUCUCAACUUGUUGGGACAUUGCUCUCAACUUGUUGCAUUAUCGUUAAGGUGGUGUACAAAGCUUCAAAAUCUUCCAGACUGCAUUGGCCAGUUACUAUCUCUUGAACGCAUUGAUGUUACGGGUUUGAAAUUCAACAGAUUGCCAAAUAACUUUGGAGAUUUAAAUUCUCUGAGGAUAUUUAACGCAAGUAGAAGUGGCAUAAAAACGUUACCAUCCUCUUUCAAUCAAUUGAGCCGAUUGGAAUGUUUAUAUUUUGAGGGAUGUAAAGGUUUAACGGUAUGGCCUUCGUUGUCCGGUUUGAAUAGCCUACGGAAGCUUUAUCUGGGUAACUGUGGUAUAUCAGAAAUUCCAGAGAGUAUUGGAUCAUUAGUUUCAUUGAAAGAGUUACGUUUAGAUGGAAACGAUUUCGAAAGCAUUCCUUUCCUGCAAGCAUUCAACAACUUUACCUAACUUGGAGAUCUUAGGUUGGAUGAUUGUAAGAGGCUUAGAUAUUUGCCAGAGCUUCCAGGCACAAGGUCAUUUUCUGCAUCAAAUUGCACCUCUUUAGAAUUUGUAUCAUUUUCGUCCUUUGGAAAAGCGGAAACAGAAGACAACCGUCGGUACGCCGAACUUCAUUUUGGUAACUGCAUCAAAUUGGGUGAUAAUGUACGUUUUCAAAUUACGGAAGCCCUGUUCUCAA